ACAGCCAUGUCCUGCUACGACCUCUGCGCCCCCACCUCCUGCGGCCCCACCCCGCUGGCCAACAGCUGCAACGAGCCCUGUGUCCGGCAGUGCCAGGAUUCCACCUACGUGAUCCAGCCCUCGCCCGUGGUGGUCACCCUGCCCGGGCCCAUCCUCAGCUCCUUCCCGCAGAACACCGCCGUGGGAUCCUCGGCGUCCGCGGCCGUCGGGGAUGCUCUGAGCGCCGGCGGAGUCCCCAUCAACUCGGGCAGCUCCUCGGGGCUCGGCACUUUGGGCUACUCGGGUUUGGGGGGGCUCUAUGGGAGGUCCUACCGGCGCUCCAACCGCUGCGGGCCCUGAGGGAGCCGCGGGAGGGGAUGAGCAGGAGAUGGAAACGCGAUGGGAUGCAGGAGAGCGCGAUCGGAUGCAGGACUGAGCCCGUGCCCACCCGCUUGCUGACCCCCGCAGCUUUGCCCUGAGCUCCCGGCGCUGCGGGAGCUUGGCUUUCCCCAUUUGAUGCC